CGGCCAGGAGAGGGGAGGAGGGAUUACAUGCCCAGUCCGGCGGAACAUCCUCCAAGCACAUCUGAGACUGCACAGAACUCUGCGCAGACCCACAAGACCACCACCAGCCAUGCUUGCGAAAUGGAAUGCAGCCUGGGUCCACUCUCACGCUGGUGGUGAAAAGUUGUGGUGAAGUGGAGUAGUUGUUGUGCAGUAGCAUUGGCCGAACCGAACCGAACCUACAGGUUGUUGUUGGGCCGGCUGGAUUUAUGUGUUUAAGCGCACGGCUGUGGGACAUCCGGAAUGGGGAGUCUGUAGACGGAGACUCGCACGCACACGCGCAAAAGAUGGACGUGAAGGGAACAACAUUUGGAAGGUUUAUGAAUUGCAGGGCGCCAGCCAAUAAGAGAUACCAACCGACCGAGUAUGAACAUGCUGCUAAUUGCGCCACACAUGGGUUGUGGAUCCUCCCGAGCCUGCUGGGUGGUUCGGUGCUGUAUUUCCUGUCAGGGGACCAAUGGCAUCGUGUUGCUGCUUGGCUUUACGGCAGCGGACUCACUGGCCUCUUUGUCACCUCAACGCUCUUCCACGCUGCUGCCUGGAAAAUCAGCCACCUCAGGAAGGUGGAGCAACUUUUCCACAUGUGUGACCGCAUGGCCAUCUACUUCUUCAUAGCAGCCUCCUACUCUCCCUGGUUGACGCUGAGGGAGCUGGGCCCGUGGGCAUGCCACAUGCGCUGGCUCAUCUGGGUCAUGGCUUGUUUGGGAUCCAUCUAUGUCUUCUUCUUCCAUGAGAGGUACAAGCUGCUGGAGUUGCUGGGAUAUGUGGCCAUGGGAGCUGUUCCUGCUCUGGUCAUUCUGUCAAUGAUGGACCACGCAGGAGUGUGCGAACUUGCCUUGGGUGGGUUCUUCUACGCCGUGGGUGUGGUCUUCUUCAAGAGCGACGGCUUUGUCCCGUUCGCCCACGCUAUUUGGCAUCUUUUCGUGGCAGCCGGAGCAGGUAUCCAUUACUACGCCAUCUGGAGGUACCUCUACUUGCCUCGGCCACUGCUGGAAACCUCCAGGUGA